AACGGCCCCGCAGCUUUCCGUCCUUAGGCGAGUCUCAUCACUAAUAGGUACCUAGAUCUAUUCACUAUCAACAUUUUCUAACAUUGUUCAAUCGGAGGUAGUUAAACAUCAUCAUCCGUACCCAUAAUGCGACGAGGUCAUUUCUCAUUAAGCGACUUACCUGCAUGGUGUGUCUUAAAUGAUGUUACCUUCGUUCACGUUAAAUCUGCCGACAUAAAUGAUCGAGGUUAUGGCUUGGUGGCGGAGAAAAGCCUGGCUGAUGAAGAUGGAAGCUCUGAUAUUCCAGCUCUCUUAACAAUCCCGAGAGACCUUGUUCUUUCAGCUGAGGGCGUAGAAGAAUACGCUAAGGAAAACAAGGACUUUCGACAACUUCUAGAUACAGCAGGACGUCGGUCAACUAGAGGCGACGUCUUAUUAUUCCUUCUAGUGCAGCUGGUUUUGUCUUCGCCCGAUUACAAGGGUGGCCAAGGGCCAUCGACGCCUUGGACACACUACUUCAGUCUCUUGCCGUCAUACGUACCAACUCCUACAAUGUGGACAGAGUCAGAGCUUUUUCAUUUGAAAGGAACUUCACUGGAGUCUGCAGUAUCUGCAAAGUUGACGACAUUAACGAAAGAGUUUGAUGAUCUUCGUACAAAGACAGCUAGCCUGCCGUUUUGGGAUGAAAUAUUCUCUAUCGACGAGUCGAUUACUAUUCAAGACUGGAUUCUUCUCGACGCCUUAUAUAGGUCUCGCUCUCUCGGCUUGCCCCAAUCCGGAGAAGCGAUGGUGCCAUGCCUCGAUUUAGUUAAUCACUCGAGUAAAGCAAAUGCCUACUUCGACGAAAAUAGAAACGGCGACGUCGUCCUUCGUCUACAUAAUGGAUGCAAUGUAUCAUCUAAUGAUGAGAUUACCAUCGAUUAUGGGAAGGAUAAGUCGCCCGCGGAGAUGCUGUUCAGCUAUGGCUUUAUCGACCCUGAUUCGACCAUCAGUAGCCUUGUCCUACCCCUAGAUCCGUUAAAUGAUGAUCCGCUCGCGACGGCAAAACUUCAUGCUUUUGGUACAUCCCCAAAGCUAAGACUAGCAGAGGAUGAGAACGGUAUACCUCAUUGGACCGCGCCUUUUGUGUAUCUCAUGUGCUUAAAUGAAGAAGAUGGAUUACAUUUCAGAGUCCUGCAGGAAACAGACGGGUCUCGCCAUUUAAAGAUGUUUUGGCAAGAUAUCGAUAUCACGCACGAGCCAGAUGGGAUCAUAGACCAUAUCCGCGGCCAUGAAUUAUACCCGAUAUUUGAAUUACGGGUUAUAACAGUUCUUCUCGGCAUCUUUCAAGAGCAACUUGAGCAACUUAGUGAUAAGAAAGACGGGGGCAUGACGCCAGGGUCGACAAGGGAAGAAAUCUGGCUAGCCGUCUCCCGUCUCAAGUCACUUGAGAUGGGUAUCCUUAAGAAGUGUCUGGUGCUCCUAGAAGAAGAGAAAACCCGGCUGCUUGAAGACGAUAAAGUGUUGGAGUAUCUUAAUUCAAUGAUGUCUGAUCAAGAUGAUAUUGCCGCCGGAACCGCUAGCGACGAGGAAGAUUUCAGCUAGAACCUCAGCACUCGGCCAUCGUCUUGGCUAAGUGCUGACUCUACUGCAGUCGAUAUAUCAUUCUCGUGUCCACGGUGCGAUACCUAGAUACCCCAGCAACUCAUUUAAUUUAUUUGCACGGUUAGAUUGGAAAUUUGAUUACCCCAGGACUAGGGCUUCAGUUUUUCGUUAAUGUGAUGUGACAU